AUGAGAGGGACACAAGCCAACACCCUUCUCUUCAGCAAAGAACAAGAUAGUGUGUCAUCAUUCACUCCGGACUCAAUCAAAACGAUGGAGAUUCUAUUUUUAUUGCUGGGAUUUCUCUUCUUUGUCAAAGGUUGUACUGGCCGUACUCUUUAUGGAGAGGUCGGAGGGACGGCCGUAUUGCAAUGCAACUCAACUAGGGAGGACGUACAAUCUCUUUACUUACAAGGAGGCAAAGAUUUUAGAAAGGUUAUAAGUGCAUAUCAUAAGACGAAGAACCUCACUGGGCCCAGUCGACCUGACACCUACUUGAACCAUGUGGAUAAAACGGUAACCUUUCGGAAUCUAACCGUCUCAGACAAUGGGACAUACAAAUGCAUCAUAAGCCAUGGGCGCCCCGGUGGAGUUACUGAAGACACUACAAUAGAUCUCAUCAUGACUGAGCCCCCUCCGACGCCCAGUAUAGAGACCCAGCCGCUGUGUAACGUCACUUGUACUUUGAAGUGUACCGCGGACACCACAGAUCUGGGACCGGUCUCCUACGAAUGGAAGAAAGACGAAGGAGAGUGGACCAAGGGUGACAAGCUGAAGAAUAUCAGCAGUUCUGAUACCCCUGAGAAGUUCUUCUGCAGGCUGACCCGUGUGAGGACCAGCAACAACAGCCUGCCCAUGGAAAAUCCACUCUAUAAACCAGUACCAGGUUGUGCUGGCCUUACUCUUUAUGGAGAGGUCGGAGGGACGGCCAUAUUUCCAUGCAACUCAACUAUGGAGAACAUCAAUUUUAUUUACUUUCAAGGAGGCCCAGAUUUUAGUGUUUUUAAAAUUGGAUAUCAUAAGACGAAGAACCUCACUGAGCCCAAAAGACUUCACACCAAAUUAAGCCUUGAAAAUAAAACGGUAACCUUUGGGAAUCUAACCGUCUUAGACGAAGGGACAUACAAAUGCAUCAUAAGCCAUGGGGACCCCAGUGGAAUUACUGAAGACACUACAACAACUCUCAUCCUAAUCAAGCCCCCUCCGACGCCCAGUAUAAAGACCCAGCCGCUGUGUGACGUCACUUGUGCUCUGAAGUGUACCGCGGACACCACAGAUCUGGGACCGGUCUCCUACGAAUGGAAGAAAGACGAAGGAGAGUGGACCGAGGGUGACGCGCUGAAGAAUAUCAGCAGUUCUGAUACCCCUGAGAAGUUCUUCUGCAGGCUGAAGACCCGUGUGAGGACCAGCAACACCAGCCUGCCCAUGGAAAAUCCACUCUAUAAACCACCAGGUUGUGCUGGCCUUACUCUUUAUGGAGAGGUCGGAGGGACGGCCGUAUUUCAAUGCCACUCAACUAUGGAGAACAUCAAUUUUAUUUACUUUCAAGGAGGCCCAGAUUUUAGUGUUUUUAAAAUUGGAUAUCAUAAGACGAAGAACCUCACUGGGCCCAAAAGACUUCACACCAAAUUAAGCCUUGAAAAUAAAACGGUUACCUUUUGGAAUCUAACCGUCUUAGACGAAGGGUCAUACAAAUGCCUCAUAGGCCAUGGGGACCCCGGUGGAAUUACUGAAGACACUACAACAACUCUCAUCCUAAUUGAGCCCCCUCCAACGCCCAGUAUAGAGACCCAGCCGCUGUGUGACGUCACUUGUGCUCUGAAGUGUACCGCGGACACCACAUAUCUGGGACCGGUCUCCUACGAAUGGAAGAAAGACGAAGGAGAGUGGACCGAGGGUGACGCGCUGAAGAAUAUCAGCAGUUCUGAUACCCCUGAGAAGUUCUUCUGCAGGCUGAAGACCCGUGUGAGGACCAGCAACACCAGCCUGCCCAUAGUAAAUCCACUCUAUAAACCACCAGGUGUUGGGAUGAUUAUCGGAAUAAUUAUUGCCAUAAUAUGCAUUGCUCUAUUGGCAGUAAUUGCUCUGGUGAAGUGGCGUCCGAGCCAUCCACUUUCUAUGUUAAUCCUCGGGAAUGAUUUUCUGAGGAGACGCAUAUUUUGUAACCAGCAACGACCCCAAUCAGUCCCACAAGCCGAUCCAGUACCAGCAACCGAAGAAGUCGCAGUUUGUAACCAGCAACGACCCCAAUCAGCCCCACAAGCCGAUCCAGUACCAGCAACCGAAGAAGUCGCUGAACGUGAGAUUUUCGUGCCUCAGCCGCCCGUUGCUGAGGAUUUGGAGAUGGAAACGAUGAAUAAUACAAAUUCAAAUGAAAACAUGUAAGUAGUCACCCAGAGUGGCCUCUAGGCUACAUUGUUGCCGUCUGCGCAUCUACUAGGCCGCCUCUGAAUGUCCAACACCUGGAACCCGUUGAUGGGACUACAGACCACUCCAUGUUGCUCUCAACAAGAGCAAUGAGGUCGCUGCACUCACCGGAUCAUUUGUCAAUAUUCCAACAAAGAUCAGACACAUGGAUGUCUGCUGCAACACACGCGUGGCUGAAAGUGGACAAUGACUUCCUGUUUUCCACACAGGUUGAUGGAAUUAGCCUUUGAUGCAACAGAGGGGAUGUUUUAGAUUUUUUUAAGUAUUUAUUUAGCUUGCUGUUUUUUGAUUGUUUUGUUGUCCUGGGACAAACUGAUCAAGUGGAGCUAUCUAGCCUUCUCAAUCUUCUGUGGGGCUAACACCACUGCAUUGAAAUAACGUAUCUGGAUUUCUUGCCCCUGAAUUUAACUCUUACAAUUUCCAAUAAAUCAUUAUCAGCUUUAUUUUUCAAUGUUAAAAGAACAGUCUUCCCUGGCGCCGUUUCGGUGGCAUCUCUCAUAAAGAGCUACAGUCAGUGUUUAAUGGCGUUGAUUUACCUUUGAGCAUUUCCUAUUAUAGGCUACUGUGUAAAAUGCUGUUUAGAAUUAAUAUUUAUAUCAAGAAAGAAAGAACCAGCGAGUGACGCUCUUAUUCCUGCUCUCCUUGCUUCUAGCUUCUAGGAUCGUGGGGAUUUUUGACACUUAUUACAAGAUGAACCUUAAAAUAUGACUUAGGCAAAUAUGCUAUGGGGCUAACAACAUAAAAAAACUUGUUUCUGUACCUUUUGCUUGAUCUGGUCUGUAUGUUGUUGUUCCCUGCGCCCAUAUUUAGUACUCUGUAAGACUUGCCUAUUUACAAAAAUAGCCAGGAAACCACACCGUAACCACACCGCAAACUACAGGCAGGUUUAUGUAAUGAGCUCCAUCCGGCUCAUCUGGGUCAAUAUGGGCCGUCUAUGGACUGAAUGGAUGCGAGGUGACUGUGAGAUUCACACAUAAUAAUAAUUAACAAAAUAAGCAUGAGCAACUUUGUUGUAAUUUUAUAACUUUACUGUACACAUAACAGUGUGUGCCGAUAAGUCAAUGGGCUAUGUUUUUUUUUUUUUGUUAUUUAAAAAGGUAUGGUCAGUCUGUAAAUAGUUUUGUAAUUGAUUAGUUGGGUAUGUUGACCCUGGUUAAAGUCCAGUUUAUAGCUGUUUUUUAUUGUGUGGUAUAUUUGCACUCCAAACUCUGUAAAACCAGUAAAGCUACCUCGUUGGGGUCUCAUGGUUUAGGCCCAAAAUAUUUAACUGAUAUGCUUCCAUAACAUAAGCCUUCUAGACCACUAAGAUACUAAGAGACCAAUCUGUUAAUUAUCCCCAGAGUAAACACGAAACAUCGGAAAGCAGGAUUUAGUUACUAUGCAACAAAUAGCUGGAAUACAUUUCCUGAGGAUUUAAGAUUUGCCCCAACUCUGAGCACCUUUAAAAUAAGACUGAAGACUUUUGUUUGCUUUAGCUUUCUGCUAAACCUUAAAUACAUUGCACUUUCUAAAAAGCUUUUUUAACUUUGCCUUUAUUUUCUAUUUUAAUACUAAAAUGCCUUUUUAACUUUCUAUUUUACUCAUUUCUUUGCAUGUUUUCUUUUACGUAUCUAUUAUUUUAUUUUAUUGUGUGACAAUGUUUAUAUGUGAAGUACUUUGAGUCUGCCUCGUGUAUGAAAAGUGCUGUAUAAAUAAAGUUGCCUUGCCUUGCCUUAUGGCAGGGAACAUUGCUUCAGUGAAUAAACAUAACGUCAAUAAAACUUUGAUAGCCUAUAUUAACCUAUUAACCUUGAAUCGAUUUCUGCAUGAGUAAUUUUCCCCGGAAAAGGGGGUGAUAAGAAACAAAACUCCCAUGUUCCGACACUACUUCAAGAGGUCGACAAACUAGGUGUAUUGUGAUUGUCUUGAUUGAGGGGCUCCUGUCGGCAGAAGUUACAUUUACCAUUCAGUUCCUUAGAAAAUAUUCUAAUAAAAUGUAAGUAAUUAAACCUUUACUAUGUAACUUAGUGCCUUAACAAUAUUAAUAUCAAUAUACAGUAUCUGAACAAGUAAAUUCAUCCACUUUUGUGACAGUACGUUAUCUUAACCAUGUCUAUCUGAAGAAGCUCCUUCCGUCAUUAUAGGACAAGAUGGUCCUAAAAAUAGAAGCCAUCCUGCCGGCUGUUGGCUCUUAGCACUUGUGCGCUAAAACGAAGACACAUAACAGAACGCCUUGUAGGAGCCAAUGUUUCAAACACGAACUGCGAUCCUAUGCUACAUGUCUUUCCCUCCCUUUCAACCCGUGAUCUUUUAAACGGUUUGCGAUCAGAGGCGCCGGAACUGGUGGGUCCAAAUUGUGCAACCACGCAAAAAAUAUAAUCUAUACAUUUGUCCUUGUCAUGGCGUGGCAGUGGUGGUUGCAGCAUGACCUAGACCUAUUCACAACAUUGUAGCUUUGAAUUACAAGUCUGCUCUUGCCUCUUGGUCAUGAUGUCACGUGCACCAGCCAAUCGGAAGCUUCGGCCGCAGGGUAAAAAAAAAUAAUAAUCUAGACAAACUAUACAUCAUGCAAGGUGAGACUCCACUGAUUCAAACAGUCCCAACCACUCUAACCUGACCAGAAGCACACUUCAACACCCUGGCAGAUGCCUGCUGCAGUUCUUCUGCCAAUACGACUCAAACCUUUGAACCCAUUGCAGGGAAGAGAUGCCCUGAUUGGUCUGAAAUGAGACAACAGCAAUCAACUUGGAACAGAUAUUAUCACAGAGGAUGCUAUUUUUCAUUGUUGAUAAGAAACGUGAUGUGACUUAUAAGCCAUGAUCUACAGUUUUACAUUUACAGACUAAAUAGCUCCGUACAAUUUAUACAUCAAUGAAGGAACCUCAUCCCUUGGCUACUCGAUGCUGACGAUGAGCCCAUUUUGGAAGUACCUUCUGACACAGUCUAUAAUAGUU